AUGUCGGCGACCUUGUCCAGCUACCGAUACGACCCUGCAACGACCCCCAAGCGCAACGUAAUGCUUGACGACUAUGACUCACUCUUAAGACCUGCUCACCGUGAUCUAAUUGAGGAAGUGGUCUUCCGUGCGAUGACCUCUGAGCAGUAUCUCCAAAUGGCUCUAUAUGGCCUAUGGAUAUUUUUUUGCGCUGCUCGAGACGUCCUGGACGGCGACCCGGACGUCUCUGAGAAUAAUCUUUACUUCUCUGCUGUGUCUACCGUGUUGUGUCGAGCGCUGGCUGGCCUGCGAAGCGAACCCCCUCCACCUCCUCCAAGUGAUCCUUGCUCGCCACAAGAACGGCGCGCAAUGAGACAGCAGGUAGUUGCCAACGUACACGGCGCCCGUUACCCGCAUUAUCUUGACCCGCUUCGUAUCCAAGUACUGCGCCACCAGCAUCUCAAGUGGACGGCAGCGAUGGAACGCAAUAAGCUCAACCAGAUGGCAAGCCUAGGACUGGGGUACAAUAGUGACGACUCGGAUGAUUCAGAGGAGGACGACCUGCAGAUAGUCAUAGUAUCAAGGGUUUUGUAA